AUGAUGAAAGUAGUGUUAAAGUUGGAGAUACAUGACGACAAAAUCAAGCAAAAAGCUAUGAAAGCAGUUUCUGGCCUUUCAGGGAUUGAAUCAGUUUCAAUGGACAUGAAAGACAAGAAACUAACAUUAAUAGGAGAUAUUGAUCCAGUAAAAGUAGUGGCUAAGCUAAGAAAGUUUUGUCAUGCUGAAAUCAUCUCGGUUGGACCAGCUAAAGAGGAAAAGAAAGAAGAACCUAAAAAGAAGGAAGAUGAUAAGAAAGAUUCAACAAAAGAAAUCGUGAUUGAUCCUUUCAUAUUCUAUGGAACACAUGCCUAUUACAAUCAUCAAAUGAAACCACAAUACAGUCCUUAUUACGGCGCGGUUAGCGUUGAAGAGGAUCCUAAUAGCUGUGUCAUCAUCUAA